GGUAAGCAUUUGCUUUUGAAGAAACUAGCUGGUCGUAGGGGUUUUAAUUUUAGAGGUCAUCCAUGUGGCUUGUGCACACCGAUACACUUCAAAGCUUCAAAUCAGGGGUUCCAUCUCGCGUAGUAAUGUAGCCGUCGAAGAGUCCUGUGACCCCGUGUUGUCCCGUGGGGAUCGAGGAGCUGGGGUGUUUUGGGAUUGAAGGGUUAGCUUGUUUUGUUGAAGCAGUGGAGGUGGGAGAUUUCCGGGGUAGAGUGGAAGAGGGAUUUCAAGGUGAGGAGAAUGGGCUCCAGUCCGGUGGUGCUGGCAGUUUUGCUGUUCCUGGGGAGUCUGGCCAUCACCUUGUAUAAUGCGCACAGUGCGCCAUGGCAUCAUCUUCCCAUCUGGUGGGAUCUGUUUGGUAAUCCGUGGAUCUAUGGACCUCGCUGGGUUGCUCUGCUCUCCGUCCCAGUGCUAACUUUGUUGGUGCCCUUGUUUUAUAACAUGGCUGCUCUCCGCAACUACAAUCUUCUGCACCAUGGAGCUGCAUCCAAGCAGUCAGUGUUCAACAUCAUCGUCCUGCCAGCAUUGUUCCUCUUCACCAUCCAGGCAUACGUGAUCCUCCCGGCCGAAACUGAUCCCAGCCACAAAUUUCCUGCUCGCAUUUUUGUGUCAAAUACUGCUAUUUGGGUUCUCGUGUGGUUCGGUCACAAUCUUAAAUAUGUGGAGCAAAACAACGUGGUUGGAAUCAUCAGCCCCUGGACGACCGAUGCUAAUUGGGAUGCACUGCACUCCCAAGCAGGGUUGAUAUUUGAGUUAUGCGGCACCUUGCUGUUCAUAUUGUCGUUCGUGGUGCCAAUCGGUUGGCCCAUGCUGGUGACGCUUCUAGUACUCUGGUUGGGUCCCUGGGUGAUCAGUUUCAUCCUUGCUUAUUCGAAGUCUAACUACACAAGUGAACCUUUGCUUGGUGUGGAUUAAACCCCCCUCCCCCUUUUUUUUAAAGUACACGAUUCUAUUAAUAUAAACUAUCGCAACUCUGAGUAUUGCGCCGAUUCAAAGUUGCAAUUCUUUCAUGGACAAAUUCGCAGGUUUUAGCAUAUUUCUGUUUCAUAGGGAAUUUUUUUGUCUCUCAAGUCUGGACGUCUUGCUAAUGUCCACUGCGAUUCAAAGGUAGUAGAACCUGUUCUGAAAGGUUUCAUGGGAGGAAGAUGAACUUUCUUCAGAUAUUGUCCUUUUGAUUUUCUUCAUCAGUCUCGUUGUUAGGUAUGUCCUUCAGUGUCCAUUGGUUGAUAUCUUUCCCUCUUGGAGUGUCAUGUACCCGGUGACUUGGUAAUUGUAACUACACAAUUCAGAA